CAGCAGCAGCCCCUGGGAGCCCACAAGAGAAAGCAUCCUCCUGCCCGCCUCCGCCGCCCCCGCCAUGGCCGAAGUCGCCGCUAGUCUCGCCACCAUCUUCGUCGCCGGCGCCGUCGGCCUCAGCAUCGCCAGCUUCGCCGCGAUUCUCACGCGAGGACAGUACCGCUACGGGCGCUCGAUCCGCGAAGACUCGGCGGCGCUGGAGCGGACGAUGGCACUAAUCCGGCAGGAGGACGUGACCGGCUGCGGGAUGCGGCUCGUGUGCGAGCUGGGGGCGCUGCCCGAUCGCGGCGCCCACGAGGACGCCAUCCUGGAGCUCGUCGGGCGUGUUCCCCCGGGGACGGACCUCCGCGCAGCAGGAGAAACUGCCCUCGGCCAGUACCGGCUCUCGCGGGCGUUGGGCGAGGGCGGCGGCGACUGCGCCCGCGCCUUCCCCCUGUGCCCCUUCAACGGCACGCAGCUCAUGCAGACGGUCUCCGGUUACGUGUCAUAA